AUGUUGAGGGGCACCCCCCAUGGUACUACAGCAACAGCAACAACAGCAGCAGGAGCAGCAGCAGGUGCUGCUGCUGCAGCAGCAGCUGCUGCUAGCAGCAUGGAGGGUUAUACAGAUAGCCGUGGUGUAUCUGUAUCGUUACCUAGACCUAUAAUUGAAUAUACAGAUAUUGAGGUGUAUGCAUACCAAUUAGAGGCAGCAGCAGCAGCACUAAAGGCCCUGCAUAUGGAUAGACAGGCACAAAUGAUUACUGAGCUCCUGCUGCAUAAUGUACACGUGCUGCAGCGCAGCAGCUGUUGCAGCAGCAGCAGCAGCAACAGCAGCAACAGCAGCAGCAGCAGCAGCAGCGAGGCGGGAGUGUCUUGUAAAGUGCCGCUUGUUUGCCCUCCUCCACCUCCUAUAUCCCCAGCAGCAACUGCAGCAGCAGCAGCAGCACAGCCUGCUGCUGCUGCUGCUGCUGCCGCUACUGCUGCCGCUGCUGCUGCUAGCAGCCAUUCAGUUAGUGGUGUAGCGGACAAGUAUUUUUCUUGGUUAUUUACUCCUGCUGCUGCUCCCCCUGCUGCUGCUGCUGCUGCUGCAGCAGCAGCAGCAGCAUCUGCUGCAGGACGAAUGAGUGGAUCGUAUAACCCCUCUUUUUCUUCCUUUUCUCCGUCUGCAUCUGCUGCUGGUGCAGCUGCAGGAGGAGGAGGUGCUGCUGCUGCAGCAGCAGCAGCAGCAGCAGGUGUACCAUUAUCUGUAUGGAGGAGACCACUAGAUCGUCAUAGUAUAGAGGAAGAAAUAAAAGAAAUAAUAAGGAUGACCAUUGGUUCUCUUUCUUGGCUGCAGCAACUCUGCGGUGUAUCUGCAGAUGAGCAAGCAGCACAAGCUAUAUUAGAUAUAGCUGCAGCAGAUCCAAGUUUCCCUUGUGGUGGUAUACAACGACAAAUUCUUUUGGCUCUCUGCUGCCUCUCCGUAGACACCAUGCGCCUACAUGAUACUCUAAAUUGUGUCUUUGGGCCAACAGAUCAAAUUGCUGCUACCGACGAGCAGCGCAUAGGGCGAAUAAUAAAAGCAACAACAGAGGCAAGAGCAUUGCAGGAGAGGAAGGCAAAAGCAGCAGCAGCAGCUGCUGCUGCAGCUGCUGCUGCUGCUGCAGGAACCAGUGGUUCUGCUGCUGCUUCUGCUGCUGAUGCAUCUCAAGGAUACUCGCAGCAGCAGCAGCAGCAGCAGCAUCCAAUGCUGCAGCACCCGCUGCUGCAGCAGCAGGCAGCAUUUGCUGGUGCAGAGGCUUCUUCCUUCCUUUGGCAUCUAAUUGGCAUGGCUUACCAAAGAUGUGCAGCGAUACCUCCUUCUUCUUGUUAG